AUGGGGAAAACAUUCUCGUCCAUCAUCAAACCCGACAAUAUAUUAAAAUUUUGUGACGCAUUCUACAAUGAUGCCAAAACUGUGUUGGCCCAAAACGUCUGUUCUCGCAUCAGCCAUACAGAUGUGAGCACAUCAAGAAAUAGAGUACAGGAAUGCCAUCACUAUUACACGCACAAGAUCGAAUUUGAAGGCAAACCAGUAACAAACCAAAAGAAGUCAGGUCGCUGUUGGAUAUUUGCAUGUUUAAAUGUGAUCAGAGUUCCAUCCAUCAAACAAUUUAACUUAGAAGAAUUUGAGUUCAGCCAAGCUUAUAUAUUUUUUUGGGACAAGAUUAAAAGAAGCAAUUAUUUUUUAAAUGCAAUUGUACAAACCGCUAAUCGUGGUGAAACUGUUAUUGAUAGAACCACUGCUUGUUUACUCACCAAACCUAUUGAUGAUGGAGGUCAGUGGGAUAUGUUGGUCAACAUCAUAACCAAGUAUGGGUUGAUGCCAAAGAAGAACUUCCCAGAGGCGUUUAGUUGCGAAGCUAGCGAUACUCUUAAUGUAAUACUGCACAGCAAGCUUCGAGAAUUCGCCAUCAUUUUGCAUAAGCUUGUCAGCAAUAACGCUACUGACAAUGAGAUGAGAUUAAAGCCAAAAUCAAAGAACAAAUGGAAGUUAUUUAUCGAACUGUUGGUAUUUGUCUGA